AUGGAGAAUAGAAUAGAGAGAGAAAAGUUGGAAGUGGAAGGUCUUAGAGGCAGCAAUAAAGCUGAUGCUAGGAGAAAAAAUAUUAUUUAUGUCGUUGGCGGCAUUCUCGUAAUUGGUGUGGUUUUCGGUCUUGGGUUCAUGAUCGGCUGGUUUGCUAACCAAAGAGGUGUAAAUCAAGGGCAACAAGGCGGCAAUUUAUGCCCAACAUCGUCACCUACAGCACAAUCCACAUACUCAACCAAACCUGCUACUACGCAAUCCACGAAUUCAGCCACACCUGAGCAAUCGACAACUGCACCACCUGCUACUACACAACCGGCUACUAAACAACCUACAACUCCACCAGCAACUACCCUACCACCAAUAACAUUCCCACCAUGCAGUAUAACUCCUGCACCUUUACUGGUCAUCUCUCUCAAUGGAUUCCGUUGGGAUUAUCUUAAUCGUGGUCAAACACCCAAUAUUUCCGCUUUUGCUUCCAAGGGUACCCAAGCAGACUAUAUGAAACCAGUUUUCCCCACGCAAACGCUGCCAAAUCUCUACAGUAUUUUAACAGGUCUAUACCCAGUUAGUCAUGGCAUUGUUGCUGAUAAUUUUUACGAUCCCAAUUUUCAAGAAACUUUUGAUUUUAAGGGCGUCAAUGGAACCCAAGAAAAAUGGUGGGGUGGUGAACCGAUUUGGGUAACCGCUAACAAAAAUAAUAUUACUACAGCAAGCUACUUUUGGCCAGGAGAUCAAGCCAAUUUCCAAGGAUAUCAUCCCAAUUAUCGGUUUCCUCCCAACAUGCCACAACUCAUUACCAUGACUUUCGAUCAAGUUCAACUAGCAGGAGCUAGAUAUGGUCCAACAUCGAAUGAGGUAAAUCAAGAAAUAAAGAACAUUGAUAAUGCAAUUGGUGCCAUUACCCAAGGAUUAAAACAACGCAAUGCUGAACAUUGUGUAAAUGUCAUCAUUACUUCUGAUCAUGGUAAGUAUAUUGAUGUUGAUAAAAAUCAAGUCGUCAAUCAAGGAGCAUUCGGAGGUAUCCUCGUUAAUGGAGGAAAUGCUACGGAAGUAGUUUCAAAGAUUAAAGGUAGAAGUAGUAAGUUUACUGUAUUCAAGAAAGAAGACUUGCCGUUUCGUUUCCAUUAUCGCAAUAACACGCGUAUCCCUGAUGUAAUAGUCGUAAUGGUGGAUGGUUACUUGGUUAGACGUAUAUACGACGCCAAUUAUACAGCGUGUGGGUUAGCUACAAGUGGUUGGGAUAAUUUGGAAAAGGAUAUGAGGACCAUUUUUAUGGCUUCAGGCCCUGGAUUUCACAGCUCUAAGAAGAUUAAACCAUUUUUAAAUAUUCAGCUAUAUAAUGUCAUGACAAAGUUACUAGGCAUUAAGCCAGCCAAGAAUAAUGGCGUCUUAGGAUCACUGAGAGCCAUGUUAAGGAAUCCAGGCGUUGCUACCCCGCAAGCUCCGAGUCAGCCAGGUCCAGUUUGCCGUAUACCGGCAGAUACUGCUUUAUUUGAAGAUAGAGCUCGAUGUUCGAGCUGUGUUUGUCCCUAUUGCCGCAGUGUUGUCAAAGCGAAUUUGACUCUGUACAAUCAAGCGCUCAAUAUGACUACGCAAGAAGAGUCUGCUGCUCAAAUGAUGAAUUUCCCAUGGGGUAUUCCAGAAUAUCGAGUAUCUCUUGAUACUUGCAUCCUAUAUCAAAAUCAUUACAUCACCAGUUAUAGCAACACCUAUCGAGUACCUUGGUUUGUAGGCUAUGAAAUAACAACUAAGGAAGCUUCAGGGUUCCUAAAGAGAAACGAUUGUUUCCGACGUGAUCUUCGAUUGUCCAUUGCAUCUCAAGCUUCUAAUUGUACCAGCUACUCCAGAUCUGGCUACGAUCGUGGCCAUAUGGCUCCAAACGGUGACAUGAACUUUGAUGCAGAGGCGCAAGCUAAUACCUACUUGCUAUCCAAUAUAGCCCCGCAAAUUCAUAAUUUUAACGCAGGCCCUUGGCUUAACCUCGAAAGCUUAACGAGAACUUGGGCUAAAAAAUAUGGCAGUGUUUAUGUCCUUUCAGGUUCAUUAGUUCUUGGUGAUCGGAAUAAAAUUUGGAGCGAUCCUUCCUAUUGGAUUCAUGGUGCAAUCGAUACCGUUGUCCUUCCCACGCAUUUUUAUAAGAUAUUUGUUAAAUGUCAAACUACAAAGAAAAUGGCAGAUAGUAAAAAUGAAAAGGCAAUAGACCCAUGUCAGGGUAAAAUUGAUGUCAUAUCGUUUGUCUUACCGCAUCUCAACUCACGUAAACCACAAGGACAGUUGACCGACGUUUACCUAUUAGAUCAUACCACAAGUAUACGUGAUAUCGAGGCGUUAUCUGGUAUCAAUUUUUUUCCUAACUUACCUUCUCAAGUGCAAGAUGAAAUUGAAGUCCCUGUAGCAUCCGAAAUGUGGGCUAAAUAGUAAAUCUUGACAUGGAUCAGUCUAUAAUAAAAAAAUAAUUUCUAUUAGUUACCGGUAUACUCUA